AUGAAAAUUAUCACACCACAUGGUAUGACUAACGAUAUUUAUGUAACUAAAGGAGUUAUUCAAGGUCAUCCAUUAUCCCCAUUUCUUUGGGGUCUAUUUUUUGAUCCUUUAUUAAAUCUACUAAACACUAAUGUAAUUGGUUAUAGAAUUAUUAAUAACCAAAACUUAGGAAUAUCAAAUAAUACAUUUGCUGAUGACUUGGUUGGCACAACUGAAUCAUUUUCACAAAUAUCUAAACUAAAAGAUUACAUUGGAAUUCCUAUACUACUAUUAUUUAAAUGUAAAAGUUGGAAAAUCAGCAUAUACAUUUAG